UAAAGAUGUACUACCCACCACUACUCAGGAGUUUUAAGUGGUGAAUUUUAACAGUGUUAAAACAGAAUGAAGGUUUCUGAAAAAAGUAGAUGGCUAACACAUUAUAGUUCGGGCAUCAUUUGACUUAUAUAGUGUUGAUGUAUAAAGUUGAAGACUGUAUAUUAUUCAUCAAAAACAGUUGAAUCCAGAAUUAAGCCUCAAAUGUGACUAAUUUACUAUAGAACAAAGAGUACGUACAAUACCCUAUAUCGAUACAUUUUUCUUAGUAAAAGUAGAAUCAUUGAAAGAAAAAGGAAGUUUAAAAUGUUAAGAUGUUCAUAAAAUUAUUGUCCAUCCUGUGAUGGCCUGUGGUUUAUAAUAUAUAAGUAUUAUAUAAAAAGGAAGUAAAUUGAUGGUGGAAGUUUUCAUAGUUUUUCCUUAUCACAUCAGUAAGCCACUUUGGAUUCAUAAGAGACAAGUUCAGCCACCGCAUGUGAUAAUAAUAUAUUCAGUUUAUAAAACCUAAAAUGAAAUUUGGUAAAAGUAAAGCGGAUCUUCCUGGAUCAAGUGAUUCUGCUUUGUACGAAAACACAAAUAUUUUGCCAAUUAACACUUUUGCCGGAACACAGAUAACGAAUAUUGAAGAGGAAGAUUAUGAAACAAUAGAUGUAACAAUAAAACCAAAGGAAGUUCGGGAUUCACAUGAAAGAAAAAAGAAAAACGCGUCUACUGAUGCAAUAGAACCAAUAGAAGUUCCGGAUUCACAUGAAAGAAAAAAGAAAUGCGCGUCUAAUGAUACUCUAAAGCGACUGAAAUGUAGGUUUAAUGUAAUGAUAGUGCUGAUUACUUUUGUUAACAUCACUCUGGUAUCGUUGGUUAUAGUCCUCUUUGUGACAAAGAGUUCAGUCGAUAGUCAUUGGGCACAAUGGUCAAGCUGGACCUCGUGUGACGUAACAUGUGGUAAAGGAAAACAUCUACGGCUACGAACGUGUACAAAUCCAUUGGCUACGACAAAUGACUGUAUUGGAGAAAGCUUGCAGACUGGUGAAUGCACAAUUGGCAACUGUACAGUCGAUGGUCAGUGGGCAUAUUGGUCCAGAUGGACAUCAUGUGACGUCACAUGUGGCAAGGGAAGGAAAUUACGGACAAGAAGAUGUACAAAUCCAAUGCCCGAGAAUAAAGGAAAGGAUUGUAUUGGAGAAAGUUUACAGAGUAGUCAAUGUUCAGAAGUAAACUGUGCAGUAAAUGGUCAGUGGGCAUAUUGGUCCAGUUGGACUUCUUGUGACGUAACGUGUGGCAAGGGAAGGCGCUUAAGGACAAGAAGAUGUACAAAUCCAAUGCCCGAGAAUUACGGAAGGGAUUGUUUUGGAGAAAGUUUACAGAGUAGUCAAUGUUCAGAAGAAAAGUGUCAAGCCAUUAUGUCUGCAUUUUCUGUGACGAAACCUGAUUCCUUCAAAACGAUCGACGGAAAUAUCAAACUUAAUUUUUCAAGUACCAUUUACCAGUAUGGUAAUGAUUUUGAUAUUUCGACAGGAAUUUACACCUGUCACAUACCCGGCGUGUACCAUUUUUCUGUAACAUUGAUAAAGAAACGGGCAUCAUCAAGGGUUGAUCUUGUUUCUUGUACUCUUUACAAGAAUAGACAGAGUCUGAUUGUCAUAAAAGUUGAUCCAACCGACGAUGAUACAGACAAAGGCAAUGCUGCUAUCUCUCAGUCUAUCGUGAUAAAUCUUGAUGUUAGGGACAUUGUGUACCUUUCUAGAUGCAGCAAUGCAAGCACAAACAUGGAGGCUUGGUCUUCCUUUACUGGAGUUCUCCUAUAUGACAACAAUUAAAGCUGUUGUUAGUCCAGAAAAUAGUGAUCUUUACUAAAACUGUUUAGGAAAAUAACAAUAUGCUAAGCAUUUAGUGGCACUGUUAUAAAAAAAAUAAUGAAGUGAGUUUAUCCUGUAAUGAAACUAAAGCCACACGACAAAGUUAUAGAUAUAUUUGGUAAAUUAAGUUACUUAAAGUAAUACCUUUAUGCUUAGUAGCUCUUAUAGUAGACUUGACGAGGCUUAUUACAGUACUGGUUUUAACAAUUUUGUCUGAAGCUUUGUUUUGUUAAAUGCAACGUAAUCAGGAAGAGAGAGAGAACUUUUAACUAAUUAAAGAGUGUAUUGUUAACAAUUGAUGGGCUGAUGCUUAUUUCUCACUUAUUGUAUUUUUCAUUAUGUUAUUGAAGAACUUGUGUAUUUAUCAAAUAGAAAUAUUUAAGAACAAAACUUAGACUUCAAUCUCAGUUGUAACAAUAUCACAACCCAUAGUCAACGGACUUCUGAAUCUACACCUAUGCUCAAAUAUCGUAAGUUUUCUAUUUUAAUUUAUCCUUUACUUUUUCCUCUGAAGUAAAUAUCUUAUUGCUAUAUUUAAUUAUUAUAUCAUUCACAUAUGGCACCUGUUUUUUGUUACAUUGACGGCAUUGCUGUCAAUUCGAAUAAUCUCAGUGAUCG